AUGAGCCCCCCGCGCGCUCCGCGCUGGGCAACCAGUGCGUCUGACAUUCCGUCCGCCCCCGCCGCGUCCGCCUCACCUGCCCCUGUUGCUGCAACCACGUCAAAGGAUCAUCGGACCUCCACUCCAACCCCAACUGCGAACGAGCCUCCAUCCGCCAAAGCACCUCCUACGACCUCAUCCCGUGCCUCCAGCGUCGCUCGCGAUCGUGCUGAGCGUGCUUCCUCCAGCAGUCGCCGAUCCCGCGCACCUCCGCCAAUCGUCACAUCUACCUCGGCUGCAGACUCGGGCUCAUUCAAUCGCGUUGUCGGCGCUGGUAGCACUGCUUCCCCAACGGCACCACCCUCUGCGACCUCAAAUGGUACCGCGAGCUUUCCAAAUGAGGCUGGGCCCAGCACACCCGCCGGAGCUGCCCCUAAGAAGAAGCACCGGCGUGGUUGGAAGGGGUGGAAGAUCGAGGUCGAAGACGAGUUCGGCAACAAGAUUCUCAAGUCGCCGUCACCGGAACCAGAGUUGCCGCCUGGCGCACCUAAACGGCCGCGAGGAAGACCGAGGACACGCAUGAAGGUCGAAGAUGUACCGGCCGUGACCCCCGAGCAGCAGCAAGCUGCACAGACCAACGGAACAACAAUACCAGACAGUGCGGCAGCUGCGACAAGCGGAGAAGGGCACACUGAAGUCUCCCAGCAGCCUCCGUCAGCUCCGAAUGGGGAUGCUCCCUAUGACAUUACUCAACCAAUGCCUGCAUCACAACAAUCAGCUCAAGAUCGACCCAAACGUGAAGACUUGCCACCCCACUCGACUGAUCACGGCGACGACGAGACGCUCUUCACUUCUGAAGCUCCAAUGCUGGAGGAUUCGACAGCCGAGGUCUCGCGCGCGGUUAUGACCGGCGGUUCGUCGAGCGCCAAACGGCCUCGAGACAACACUUCCCCGGUUCUGAUGAACUCGCCCGAACCACCCUCGAAGAAAUCCAAGACUCCGCGCAUGUCAGCACACGUGUCUGCUGGAGCUCGUGUUCCAACUAUGCCGGCCUCGUCUGCGACUCAAGGCACGCCGACGGCAAGUGACCGUCCGACUCGUGCACAGUCGACCCAAGCAGGAGCCAUUGAGGACACCCGGACAAGUCGCUCUUCAGCGCCUGGAUCGAGACGCCAGUCGCAUGCAUCGACAUCAAGACCUUCUGCCGACGUUGCGCUGUUCCCUCGCCCGCGCUCCCGCACAUCACGCGAAACGUCACCCUUGCCGGUGGUUACGAGGCAGAGGUCAUCAUCUAACGCCAGCCGACUGCGUGUUGCACCAAGCGGUCAUGCUUCGUCGACAGCGACACAGAAGCCCUCUGCGUCGUCAUCCGACAGCCGGACGCCCCGAGACUCUGACUCCCGGCGGACUGGGCUUGGAGUGUAUCCGUCGCCACCGGAGAGUGAUGAACGCGGCCGCGAUCUUUACCACGACCGCGACCAUGACCGUCACCAGGAGCGUGACCUCGAUGCCGAUGACGAUCAGGCGAUGGACGUCGAGGAACGUGUCGCCGGGGGGCGCGCGAUCGAGGAUCUCGACGACGAGGAAGAGCAAGAUCCAGAGACGGAAAGGCGCUUGCGCGAUGUUGUGAACGAGGCCGAGUAUAUCAUCAACGCUACGAACCUGCGCCGUAAGGAGGACAGUGAUCGCCAGCAGGCCCUCGACUAUGACCGCCGAGUGACCCGUGACCGCACCCGUGCACGUGAGCUGGAGCGCGAACGCGAGCGGGAGAGGGAUUUCGACCUGGAGCGAGAGCGUGAACUCGAUCGCCUUCGAUUCGAGCGCGAACGCGAGCGUGAGCGUCUGGAGGAGUAUCGCGCUCGGCCCAGCGAAAGACGCCGCAGCAUGUGGGAGGAGCGCGAAGGGCAUGACAUCGAGUCGUCCCGCGGAGCUGUCGACUGGGAACGUCGCCGUUGGAGGGAGCGCUCGUUCGAUCGCGAGCACGUGGACAGCGAUCGCAUUCGUCCGGAGCCAGAGCGCGACCGUGAGCGCCUGUGGAGGAAUGCGGAUGAGGACCGUCCACAGCGGCGCGAAGAUCAUGUGUGGGACAGGCGCGAAUACAACCCGCGUCGACAGUACGACCCGCGGUCACAGUCUGCCCUCGAAUCUUCCAACCGCACAUUUCGCGACCGCAUCGAUCCCUACGACCACGUCGACGCUCGCGAUCGUGAGCGCCGCCUCGAGAUUCGAGACCCCCGCGAACCUAUCGACAUGCGUGAUCCCUGGAUGGUGGCCCGCGAGCCACGGGACCAGCGUCCACUCACUACGAACCGCCAUCCCCCUACUUCUUCACGUGCGGGCCAAUCUUACGCAUCCCACCCGUCUAGCAGCGGGUACUACAGCACACAGAACUAUGCGUAUGCUUCUGGAACGUCUACUGCUGGUCACUAUCCGCCAGGUCAAGCAGCCUACGCCUUUGACCCCCGUGAUCCGCGCGACAUGCGUGACCUGCGCGAUGGCCACGACCCUCACGAUCCCCGCACAGCCCGCGACCUCCGUGACGCCCGCCGCCCUCGCGACGUGCGUGGCCUGCGUGAUCCCCGUGAUCCCCGUGAUCCUCGCGAUGUGCGCGAUCCUCGCGACCCUCUAGAUCUUUCUGACCCUCGCGACCCUCGGGAGCGUCGCAACUCGCGCACCCAUGACCGGGACGACUGGUAUCACCGCGCUGCGGCUGUGCAAGGAGCAGUAGGACGACCGGUCACCGCACCUGUUACAGCCAAGCUGCCUGCUGGGCUCGCACCGACUCCUCAGCCACCGACCGCUACGUCGCAGAACCACACACGGUCUCACCGCCUGUCAACUUCACAGCCACAGCCAUCCCCCCUCGUCGACUCGGUCAGGUACCCGGAGUCGCCCUAUGUGGCGCCGGAGCCUCAACUGCCCGACCUUGCCUUCGACUAUCCAGCCAUCGUCCUAGCACCGAAAGGAGGCGAGUACGAUCUUCCCGCGGACCUCACGGAGGCGAACUAUGCGCGUCUUCACCGCGAAGGUUUUGACGGUCUGGACGCGAAGCUGGAGGACAACGCUGCUGGCUUCCUCGAAAAUGUGAAGAACAACCUGCGCACUCUCGUGUCGUCGUACUUCUCCCAGCCGUCCGCGAAGCGCGACGCCUUUCUGGAGCGUGUUGGGCGUGACCUGGGCCGCUUCGGUCUUGAAUUGACUGACUCGGCGGAUGGAGCCCUGUACACCCGACCCCCAGAGGUCCGCGAACUGGAACGUGAGCGAGCUGCUGAGCGCGCAGCUCGGGGCCGCGAACGUGACCGAGAGCGUGAUCACGAGAUCACAGCAUCUGGCUCGUCAAGGGUAUGGCACUCUCGCCACUCUCUGCCGUCCUCGCACCAACACAGUCGGGGCGUGAUUGACGCACCUUCUCACUCCCGCCGCGGUCUGCCCGAUGGUAUCGCUGGUCCUUCACCCCCUCGCCGUAGCAUGGUCGACGGGCUGGAUCACGGUGCGACCAUUCCGCGACGCAGUUUGCCGACUCUCACCGGACCACUGCACCCCCCUGGACCGUCUGGACAGCUUGGACGUCCAAAGUCCCAACCGCAGUCGCAAGCACGUCCUGCAAGCGCAGCUGGGGCCGGGUCGGGCGCUCGUCACUCUGUCCCGAUCGCGCCCAAGCCCCGAGACCUAUCAGGAGUCAUGUAG